AUGUACUGCUGUGGAACCUGCACCCAAAUGGGCUGCUGCAGUGACAGGAGGUAUCGCAUAAGUAAAGAGGACCAAGAAGCCUGUUAUGGAGGCUCUACCAGCGACAAAAGAAACAAACUUUCUACUCUUCUGGGAAGCAUCUUAGGGUCUGUAUUACCUGUCUUGCUCUGCGUGGGUCUUGUCAUCUGCUGUGUGGCUCCUUGCUGCUUGUUCUACAAGAAGUGCAGAAAAGGACGCAAUCAAAAUGCAGGUCACCCCAAUGUAAUCAACUUACCACAGAGGCCACACAACCCUGCACAGCCGACCAACCCGGGCUACCAACCUGUACCCGUUCAGCCUGGGUAUGGAGGCCCCUCGGGCCCACCUGCAUACCAUGGAGGAAAUCCAGGUGCAUUCUCUCCGGGUCAGCCCAUGUACCCGCUCCCAAACCAGCCGUACGCAAAUCCAGGGGGGAUGUCACAGCCCGCCUACAACCCCGCUUACCCAAACCUGUUAACCUGAGACCAUUAUGCUGCAUGAUAUAAAACUCCGGAUAUCACUCUAUUCACAAGAGAAUAUGAAAUCUGGGAAUCUCAAUGUAUAGUAACAAAGGAAAGCCUAGUUACAGGGAUUUAAAAAAAUAUUAUGGGGAACAGAUAUUUUUGGGUUAAUGUUUUCAUAGUUCACAUGCAAGUAGAAAAACACACAUCUGAAGCCCUGGUGAGGGUGGUGAGAAAAUUAUAAUUAUAUUAUAAAUAAAUUAUAAUAAAAUAUAUAUAAUAAAAAAACUAAACAAAUGCACCCAGAGUUUCGAGAUUUUAAACAGUUAAGAUGAAACACAUUAUAUACACAGAAAUGUGUUCUAAAAGUUAACUCAGUCUUGGUUUAGUCUUAAACAAUGAAGGAUGCUGUAGGUUUAGCCUCCUUCAAAAUGCACCCUGCACAGUGGUGACAGUAGAAAACCAGAAAUUAUGACUUUACCAUAAUUAACCUCAUCUGCCACUAGAGGUCGCCUCUGCUCAGUGUUUGUUUAGGAAAGAAAGAAGGGUGUGUGUAAGAUGUGUGCUGUUGCAAAGCAUCUUUUUAUUUGUGUUAUUUGUAAUAAUGAUUUAGAGAGGCUUAAAAUUGUAUUUUUACAUCCAGGGAAAAAACUGGAUGCAAUGAUUUUCUUGUUUUAAUGUCAGAAGUAACUGAUGAAUGGCACCAAAGUAAACAAUAACUCACAUCAUCUCCAGACAUUGUGGAGUUCAGGGAUAAAGUAUUGUAUUCAGUCGAAGUUCUUAUGAUUAGUAUGUGUUCAUAGUUUGAGAGGGUGCAGUGGGAAGGACUUUUUGUUUCAAUACUUAGCUUGAUUUUGGAAAACUGCUGUGUUAGACAUCUAGUGCUUCUGCAAUUCUAAUCAUGUAACCUUUGCUAAUUUCAAAGCAUUUACAUUGUAGGAUGGUUUAAAGUUUCUUCACAUUUGAUAUAUUAUGGCUUUAAUAGAGUUAUAUUGUUGAAUGUAUUCUGUUUAAAAUAUUGUCAGUCUUCUUUGUAUAAUAAAGGAAAAUAUUUUUUUUCCUGAGCUGGCUAUUCUGCAUGAAAAGAAUAAACAGAGGUUACACAUUUUGA